CAAAAUACAAGUCCUCUCCCGGGUGAAUACAGUAUCUGAAUCGUCGAAAUACAAAAGGUUUGGUAUUUUCGUGGUGGCUUCCGAUUAAGGCAUAUUCCUUCAGUGUACGUAGCAUGCUUGAAAGCAUCUUAUCAAAGAUCCUCUAACCUUUUCCUUUUUUUCUUCUUCCCGUUUUCUAUAUAUAUUCUACACUAUUUCUCACCACCCUGCCUCCAAAUCCUUAUCUAUAUUGAUUUAAUAAUCAAUAAUAGCACGAUAGACAGAUCCUCAAAACUGGAGAUCCCGUGAAUCAAUCAAUUCGCUCCUCCACGUAACAACAUCUAUCAAUCGCCUCCUUCGCACUUCAGUUCUUCAUUUUGGCGCCAAAACCAUGAAGCUCGACAACUCCAACGGCCAGCCGCCCCUCGCUCCCGCCCUUCCGCCGCCGCAGGAGGACCGCACCGACGCCGAAGCCGAUGAGAUAUUCGUUCCGCCCCUCAACUUCGCCAUGGUCGACAACGGCAUUUUUCGGUCUGGCUUUCCCAAUUCUGCUAAUUUCGGUUUCCUGAAAUCGCUCCGUCUUCGUUCCGUAAUAUGUUUGUGUCCUGAACCGUAUCCAGAAACGACGUCGGAAUUUUUGAAGGACAACGGAAUAAGACUUUAUCAGUUCGGGAUCGAUGGCUGUAAGGAACCCUUCGUCAACAUCCCAAACAAUACAAUUCGGGAAGCUUUGAAAGUAGCCCUCGAUGUUAAAAACCAUCCCCUUUUGAUUCACUGUAAACGAGGAAAGCACCGCACUGGUUGCCUUGUGGGAUGCAUAAGAAGACUGCAGAGAUGGUGUCUAUCAUCCGUUUUUGACGAGUACCAAAGGUUUGCAGGUGCCAAAGCAAGGGUGUCAGACCAGAGGUUCAUCGAAUUAUUUGAUAUAUCCUGUUUGAAGCACUACCAACUGCCAUUUUCAUGCUCAAGGAAAUAGAAACAAAGGAUUGUCUACUCUAGAAAGUUACUGCUUCCUCCCAUGGAAUAUUUCCAUGAUGAAGUGAAGUUUAAUCACCAUUAGUUUCUUUCCACACCGUAUGUUACAGCAGGAUCAGUUCCUGAUGUAUACUUUCCUAUGAUGUUGGAUACAAAUCCACCAAAUUAUGAUGAAAUAUCCAAAAGCUACUGUUUUCA